CAGGCCCUCCCUGAGAUCGUCCACCUGCGAACGGCUAAUCGCUGCCUCAGCUCCCUUCAGUCCUCGGCUCAGCGCGAGGUCCGUAGCCGGGCCAGGCCAGAAGACCCCCGAAGCUGAGAGAGGGCCAACAGCUGAAGACUCUGAAUUCUCCUGUAGGUGAAAGCAUUGAGUAAAGCCAUGGCCUCUGUACUCCUGCCUUCCAGGGCUCCCCUGGAAUUGGUGACGUUCAAGGAUGUGGCCGUGGACUUCACCAAGGAGGAGUGGGGAGACCUGGACCCUUCCCAGAAGGAGCUGUACAGGGAUGUGAUGCUGGAGAACUACCAAAACCUGGUCUGCCUGGGACUGACAGCUUCCAAACCAGAGGUGAUUUACCAUCUGGAGCACACGGAAGGUCCUUGGGCGCCUGAGGGAGAGGCCCCAGCAGCCAGCUGUCCAGGUAAAGCCUUGGAAUAUGCCAUCCUGCUAGAGAGGCAGAAAAGCAAUAAGGAGAAAUAUUACAAAUGUAAUGAAUGUGGGAAGGCUUUCUCUAGGAGCAUAAGACUUACUGAACACCAGAGAUUUCAUUCUGAAGAGAAGCCUUAUGAAUGCAAGGCAUGUAGGAAGGCCUUUCGUAAAAGGACAGAACUUACUAGACAUCAGAAAGUUCAUCGUGGUAAGAAAACUAAUGAAUGUAAAGAAUGUGGGAAGACCUUUCGCUGGUGGACAGGACUUAUUCGACAUCAGAUAAUCCAUACUAGAGCAAAACCUUAUGUGUGUAAGGAAUGUGGGAAAGCCUUUCCACAGAGAACUGCUCUCACUCUACAUCAGAGAGUUCAUACAGGAGAGAAGCCUUAUGAAUGUAAACAAUGUGGGAAGGCCUUCCGACAGAACAUACACCUUACCUGCCAUCAGAAAAUUCACACUGGAGAGAAGCCUUAUGUAUGUACUAAAUGUGGAAAAUCCUUCAACUGCAACUCAUCCCUUACUUCCCAUUACAGAAUUCAUCUUGGUGACAGACCUUAUGCAUGUAAGGAAUGUGGGAAGGCCUUCCGCCGGAGCACACAGCUUACUCGACAUCAGAAAAUUCACACUGGAGAAAAGCCCUAUGAAUGUAAUCAGUGUGGGAAGGCCUUCCCUCAGAGCACUGCUCUUACUCUACAUCAGAGAAUUCAUACAGGAGAGAAACCUUAUGAAUGUAAACAAUGUGGGAAAGCCUUUAGACAGAACACACAUCUUACCUGCCAUCGGAAAAUUCAUACUGGAGAGAAGCCUUAUGUAUGUACUAAAUGUGGAAAAUCCUUCAACUGCAACUCAUCCCUUACUUCCCAUUACAGAAUUCAUCUUGGUGAGAAACCUUAUGAAUGUAAGGAAUGUGGGAAGGCUUUCCGCCGGAGCACACAGCUUACUCGACAUCAGAAAAUUCACACUGGAGAAAAGCCCUAUGAAUGUAAUCAAUGUGGGAAGGCCUUCCAUAGGAGUACAAUACUUACUCAACAUCAGAGAAUUCACACUGGAGAGAAACCUUACCAGUGUAAUGAAUGUGGGAAGGCUUAUCGCUGGAGCACGGGACUUACUCGACAUCAGAGAAUUCAUACUGGAGAGAAGCCUUAUGAAUGUGACCAAUGUGGAAAGAACUUCUAUCAGAAGACAGGACUUACUGAACAUCAGAAAAUUCAUACUAAAGAGAAACCUUAUGAAUGUCUUGAGUGUGGGAAGGGCUUCCAUCAGAGGACAGGACUUUCUGCUCAUCAGAGAAUUCAUACUGGUGAGAAGCCACAUGAAUGUCACGAAUGUGGAAAGGCCUUUCGCUGGAGCACGGGACUUACUCGACAUUAUCAGACAAUUCAUGGUGGAGAGAAAUCCUAUGACUAUAGAAAUACCUUCCAUCAGAAGACAGGAUUGGUUUGACAUGAGAAUUUAUCCUAUUAUAAACAUAUGCAUGUAGUAUUUGUUAUAAGACUUUCCUUCUUCAAGAACAAAUAAAUCAAUCAUCAUCAAAGAAUUCACAAUGGAAAGAAAUGUUAGGGAUAUACAGUCUUAUUAAGCAAUGCACAUCAGAAAGAUUUUAGCCAAUUUUGCUGAAAAAUGUAGAUCCAGGCUGAAAGGAAAGGUAAUGGACAGAAUAAAUCUCAAAUUUCUCAUAUUAACUUUUUUUGUUCUUUUAAGUAUGUAAAUAUAAAACUAUUUAUUGACUGCUAUUCCUCA